UUUUGUCCGUUUAGCCUUGAAGAACCAUCAACACAGAGACUUAAAGGGACAAGAUGUCAUUGUUAAACCCAAGGACAAAGGACUUGGAGUUCUCAGGGAUCCCAGGUGUCCUCGCCAUAUCGCUCGGUCUUCCAACGCUUUGCGUCGUCUUGCACCAAUUGUGUAAUGAUCAUUAUCAUCAACGAGGGCUGACCAUUGAUCUGGACGAGUUGACGAACUUCCAUGGCUUGUCCUUUAGUGAAAUUGCAUUCAAUGGACAAGUAUGGACGUACUACCUCCUGUGGUUCUUUGGCUUGGUGCUGUUUGACACGAUAAUCCCCGGCACUGUGAAGAAAGGUGUCACGUUACGUGAUGGAACUUCUUUGUCGUACAAUAUCAACGGUAUCCAGUUGAGUUGUCUCUUUGUAUUGGCUCUGGCCACAAGAUGGCAGCUGACCCACGGCUCCAUGCCAGAGCUCGUGUUUCUGUACGAUAAUACUCUACAGUUCACCGUUGUUGCCGUUAUCUUCAGUGCGCUUCUGGCCCUGUUUGUGCAAAUAACCAGCUAUCUACCACUAAGCGGGUCCAAUGGGAAAGGGACCAAGGAGAGAAUCCUGGCAGUUGGUGGUAACUCUGGUAAUUGGUUGUAUGAUUGGUUCAUUGGACGUGAACUGAACCCAAGAAUUGGGCCUUGGGACAUAAAGCUCUUCUGUGAAUUGAGACCAGGAAUGUUACUAUGGUUAUUGUUAAAUCUGGCCUCCAUGCAUCAUCAGUACUUGAAGUAUGGACAAGUUUACGAUUCUAUGCUCUUGGUUAACCUAUUACAGGCCUUUUACAUAUUUGACGGUGUGUUGAACGAAGAGGGAUGCUUAACUAUGAUGGAUAUCACCACUGAUGGCUUUGGCUUCAUGCUUUCGUUUGGUGAUCUUGCGCUUGUACCAUUCACCUACUCCCUACAGGCAAGAUACCUUGCACGCGAGCCUUUAACCUUGGGGGCUCAUUAUAUCGGGUUCAUUCUCGGCGUGGCAUUUGUUGGAUUUUACAUCUUCAAGGCAUCAAAUAACCAAAAGAAUCAAUUCCGUCAGGGGAAACUGCCACAUUUGAAGUCCAUUCAAACUGAAAGAUCAACAAAAUUGCUAUGCGAUGGCUGGUGGUCGUUAAGUCAGCACAUCAACUACUUUGGCGACUGGUUACACGCAACUUCAUGGUGCUUACCAACGGGGUUCAUCACCCCUCUAACAUACUACUACAUAUGCUAUUUUGCAGGGUUGUUGCUACACAGACAGCACAGAGAUGAGCUGAAGUGCAAAGAAAAGUAUGGCAAAGCAUGGGAAGAGUACGAGAAGAAGGUUCCGUACAAGAUCAUUCCAUACGUUUAUUAAAGAUAGACAGGAGAGCAAACCUCCCACCAUGAAUUGUUUAAAUCAGAUCAAUCAAUGAUAACACAGCCCCAUCUCCUUCCACAGAAAACACCCGUAGCAUCUCUAUUUCGUCUUUUUACUAUCAACCUUCUUCUCAAAUGACCCGUAACUGAUGUCUAGGGAGAGCAUCCAUGAAAUCGCAGUGACGAGGAUCGCAAUGAGUAGCAGCGACACUAU